CUUUCUCUCUGCUCUGUACCAAACUCCCUCCACCCUCCACUUAUUUUCUGCCGCCUUUCUGUCUCCACACGCUCCUGUUUUUAUGCAUUUCACCCACCCUCAUCAUCUCCUUUCUCCCUUUCUGCCUGUGCCACUCUUUUCUCUGCUCGCACAGAGGAAUGCAGUAUGAGGCGAGCCGUGGCUCUCUGGCUGUUGAUUGUUGCGACUCUGCUCCGAGUGUCAGUGCAGGGUCCUCACCAGCGCUUUCUGCUCAGGGAGCUGCUGAGAGACUACAACCCCAUGGAGAGGCCGGUGGCCAAUGAUUCCCAGAGUCUGACCGUCCAGUUCUCCUUCUCGCUGAUCCAGGUCAUGGACGUGGAUGAAAAGAACCAGAUCCUCACCACAAAUGCCUGGCUGCAGAUGCAGUGGUAUGACCACUAUCUCCAGUGGAACCAGUCUGAGUAUCCCGGAGUCAAGAAUCUCCGUUUUACCCCCGACCAGGUCUGGACGCCCGACAUAUUGCUCUACAACAGCGCUCACGAUAAGUUUGAUGCCACCUUUAAGACCAAUGUACUGGUCAACUCCAGCGGCUUCUGUGAGUUUCUACCACCAGGAAUAUUCGUCAGCACGUGCAGCGUGGACGUCAGGUGGUUUCCAUUCGACAUCCAGCGCUGUGAGCUGAAGUUCGGGUCGUGGACGUUCGACGGCUGGUUGCUGGACCUCCAGAUGAAGGAGGCGGACGUGUCGGGGUACAUGACUAAUGGAGAGUGGGACCUGCUGGAGGUCCCUGGAGAUCGUCACGAGGUUUUCUAUGACUGCUGUGCAGAGCCAUACCCCGAUGUCACAUUUGUGGUGACGUUACGAAGGAGAACCCUCUUCUACGCCCUCAACCUCCUCAUUCCCUGCGUGCUGCUGUCCUCCAUGACCCUCCUGGUCUUCCUGCUCCCCGCCAAUUCGGGAGAGAAAAUCAGCCUCGGCAUCACGGUGCUGCUCUCUCUGACUGUCUUCAUGCUCAUGGUUGCAGAGAUCAUGCCUGCCACUUCAGAUUCCGUGCCUCUGAUUGGUCAAUACUUUGCCAGCACCAUGGUGAUCGUUGGGAUGUCCGUGGUCGCCACCGUCAUCGUCCUUCAGUUCCAUCACCACAACCCCAACGACGGACACAUGCCGCGCUGGGUGAACCUGGUUCUGCUGCAGUGGGUUCCCUGGUUCCUGCGGAUGAAGCGUCCGGGCGAAGGAGCAGAACCCGUUCUCUCAAACAACCAGGCGGACUCCCAGAGCAAGACCCUGUCGUCUCCCACGACCACCACCACCACCACCACCAUCCCCACCCCGGUGCCCUCCAUCCUCCCGCACAGCCUCCACUCCCUGCAGGCCAGCCUGGUCCAGCUCAGCCACCCUCUCUCCCACCCGCUGCCCUACCGGACCGCCGCCCACGCUCUGAUCCUCCCGAGUCAGAGCCACAGAGACCCGAGCCCCAACCCACUCCCCCAGCCCAACGGCCACCUGCCUUACAUGGGCUUCCAUACCAUCCAGACCACCGCAGAACUGGAGCCGGUCCAGAGGGGUGGAGCCGCCGGUCUGGGGAGGAGUAGCAGUGAAGUAGGUGGAGGAGAAGGGGAGGGAGCAGCAGCAGGUGGAGCACCACUUGAUGAUACAAGAUCCAAGUUUAGGAGCUCUUCACCAGAACCUCCGGUUGGGUCAGACCCGGAGUCCUCGACCGCGGCAGCGGGACCGUGUGUCUUAGAGGCGGCGGCGGGGAGAUCGACGGCGACCCUCACCCACAGUGGGAUGAUCCGCUCCGUGGCCGUGGACGGCCAGCUGCAGGCGCUUUUGGCGGAGGUGCAGUUCCUGGUGGAACGUGUCCGCGAGCAGGACCGGCAGCUGAGCCUGGCGGAGCAGUGGCAGUUCGCCGCAGCCGUCAUCGACCGCCUCUGCCUGGUCGGAUUCAGCGUUUUCAACAUCAUCUGCACCAUCGCUAUCCUCAUGGCUGCGCCCAACUUCGGAGAAGCCCUGUCGAAAGACUUCCUCUGAGAGAUCUGAGAGUCUGGGAGGUGUUAAAGGGACAAAUGCGAACUUGUUGGAAGCACAAAUGUUGUCAAUGACUCUGAUAUAU